AAGUAGAAACGGAAGCACUUCUUAAAGACAAUAAUGUUUCGUCUGAAGAAUUUAAUGAAAAUGUGAUAAAAUGCCUUCCAUCAAUUCCCUGGACUAUUCCCGAUAAGGAAUUUGAAAUACGUAGAGAUUUAAGAACAACAGCUAGGAUUUUCUCGAUUGAUCCUCCUACUGCAAAGGAUCUUGAUGAUGCUGUUUCGUGUUCUCGCCUGCCAGACGGAAAUUACGAAAUAGGUGUUCAUAUUGCAGAUGUAAGUUAUUUUGUUAAACAAAAUAGUGCGCUUGAUAGAGAAGCUCGUAAGAGAGCGACAACCGUUUAUUUGGUCCAAAAAUCUGUCCCCAUGCUCCCGCCAUUAAUUUCUGAAGAAUUAUGCAGCUUAAAUCCUGGUAAAGAUAGACUUGCCUUCUCUGUAAUUUGGAAAAUGACACCAGAAGGCAAACAUACAGAGACGUGGUAUGGUCGCACUAUAAUUCGACCAUGCGCUAAAUUAGCGUAUGAAAAUGCGCAGGAGGUGAUCGAUGGAAAGCCUUUAAACCCUGAAGUUAAAAUUUUUAACGAUUACAAUGCUAAAGAAAUUGAGGCUGAUAUCAAAGUUUUCCACGGCCUUUCACAACGUUUGCGAGAUCAACGACUUAAACGUGGUGCGUUGUCUUUGGGCUCUAUCAAACUAAAUUUUGAGCUGGAUGAACACAGUAAUCCUAUUGAAUGUAACGUAUACGACCAUAAAGAAGCUAAUCAGCUCGUUGAAGAAUUCAUGUUACUUGCAAACAUGAGUGUUGCACAAAAAAUAUCUAGUGCUUUUCCCGAGCAGGCUUUACUUAGAAGGCAUGCUUCUCCUAUUGAGCGUAGGCUUAAUGAUUUUGUUGAGCAUGUUAAAAGAUUAGGAUAUGAUUUUGAGACUUCAUCUGCUGGAGCUUUACAAAGAUCCUUCAAUUCUGUUGAUGACGAUGGUGUUAAACAGGUUUUGAAACUUCUUGCAAUAAAACCAAUGCAAAGAGCUAAAUAUUUCUGUACUGGAACUUUAGACAUUGCAAAAUAUCAUCAUUAUGCUUUGAAU